CGGAUGUGCAACUUCAAUUCACUCUCAGAUGCAAUACCAGUCGCUAUUGCCAGCGUCUUCACUGCUUCAUUGACAGACCCCACGACACGGAGCCAAGUUCGCUGUGUUAAUCCUGGACACAGGUGAUGCCAUGAAACCUUGGUCAACUCGGUCAAUUCUGUCAAAAAGCCUAGGACUAAAAGGGAAACGAGAGAGUCAGCCCCCCAUUUCUCACCGAUCGUCGACUCUCUUCCUUCCCUUGAUUGAAGCUAUUUCCAAGCCAUUCGUUUCGCACAAUGCCGCCUCCUCAAGAGACUGAUCCCAGGGCCCCCUCUUGGGCCUUGGCUGAAGAGAAGCAACGGAAAAAACCUGGUCCGAAGCCAAAGCCGCUCGGACUCCGUCCAUAUAAACCCACAAAGCCGAUUGUUCGUCGCGAACGCUCGUACUCACCGAAGAAGAAAGAGGAGGUCAUCAUGUGGUUAAUUCAUCACCGCGUUACGGUCAGGGGGGAGUAUCGUAGGCCAAACCCAAGGGAAGCUGGGGACCACUUUAAAAUUCCUUCAACUACCAUCAAUAACUGGAUGAAGGCCUACUUUAAGAACCAUCCGAAGCUAGAGAAGAUCUCCACCACAUGCUGGGGCCCUGUUCCUGUUGGCAAUGGGCAACCUACUCCGGAUCCAAGAGAGAAGCCCAAUUCUGCAAACGGUGCCGGGAUUGAGGAGAGACCGCAAGGAACAGAAAGGGCCAGUCGUGAAACCGGUACCGGAACCGAGAAGGCGUGAAUAGAGAGCAUGGGACGGGAAUGCAGGGCAGGAUAAAUGGGUCCAGGGACGAUCAACGGUAUUGGAAUAUAACAUGGAAGGCACAGCACAGAUUUUUAUCUAGGGGUAGACUAACUACAAUAAAUGGUUCACGGAACAAAUCGUCAAACUUGG